AUGAAUGCAGAGGAAGUGGAGCUGCUCAGUGACUCCAAGUACAGGAAUUAUGUGGCGGCGGUGGACAAGGCCCUCAAGAACUUUGAGUACUCAAGCGAAUGGGCAGACCUCAUCUCUGCACUGGGCAAACUCAACAAGGUAACGACCACAAACAUUUACCUGUUUGGAUUCUUCACAUAUGUACAUUUUGGUUUGGAAUGGAUACACAAUGACCACAUCAGCAAUUAAACCCGGAUCUGCAUAGUCUAAUGUGCUAAAUGCUUCAUUAUUUUUUUUACGCCAGCUGUUGUGGAAAGAUUGGCCACUGGUACCCCACGUCUGAUGUUUGCAUCUGUUUCUCAUCUCUCAGGUAUUGCAAAGCAAUGCCAAGUACCAGGUGGUGCCCAAGAAGCUGACGAUAGGCAAGCGUCUGGCCCAAUGCCUCCACCCGGCUCUGCCCAGCGGGGUGCACCGCAAGGCCCUGGAGACCUACGAGAUCAUCUUCAAGAUCAUAGGGCCCAAGAGGCUGGCCAAAGAUCUCUUCCUCUACAGGUACCAAUUAGGCUACUGGAUGUCAGCACUUGUUAAGGACAGUAGUAGUAGAGAAGUACAGUAGCUUUAUUGUAACUGGAGAACAUAUCAUAAACUGAAUUUGAACUAGUAAAGUAAGUAAAUAAGCCUUGCCCAAGCCAGAAUGGUCCAUAGGGCAGGAGCCUGUUUCUCCUGUUUCUGUAGCGUGAGGCAGCUUGAUGUACAAGUACACCCCCUGGACAGAACGCUAGUCUAUCGCAGGGCCUUACCCUCAAUCCAUCUCCUUUGAACUAGUAAGAGAAUGAAAAUAAUGCAUGUGGAUUUCAUUCAGUAGUUAUUUUUCUUCAGUUGACUGAUCUACCCUAUAAUUUCCCCUUUACUCUAUUACCCCACUGCCUAACACCUGUCCCCUGCCUGUUUCAGCUCUGGGUUGUUCCCUCUACUCUCCAAUGCUGCUAUGUCUGUGAAGCCGGUGCUGUUGUGCUUGUAUGAGACAUACUACCUGCCCCUGGGAAAGACCCUCAAACCUGGCCUGCAGGGGCUGCUGACUGGGGUCCUACCGGGCCUGGAGGAAGGCUCUGAAUACUAUGACAGGUAAGAGAUGGAGGGCUGGAAAAGAGAAAUGGAUGUAAUUGAAUGAAGUGAAAUGCUAAUUACGGAACAAAUGUAAAAAAAUAUAUAUAUAUUCAUUCAGAAUCAACCUUAAUAAUAAUUCAAUUAUCUGGGAUUCAAUUGUCUUGUUAAUGUAUGUUUGAUUUGCAACCCAAAUUCAGUUAUUUCAAUUCAAUGCAAUCCUGUCCAGGACCAACACGUUGCUGGAGAAGGUGGCUGCGGCGGUGGAGCAGUCGGCCUUCUACAGCGCCCUGUGGGGCAGCAUCCUGACCAGCCCCGCCGUGCGCCUGCCCGGUGUCACCUUUGUCCUGCUGCACCUCAACCGCAAACUCUCCAUGGAGGACCAGCUCUACGUCAUGGGCAGCGACAUCGAGCUCAUGGUACACAAAAAUAAUAAUCAUUUUCAGAGACACUUGUCUUUUUCCUUUAUCCCGACCCCCCCCCCCCCCCCCCCCCCCCCCAAGAUACACACACACACCAAGUAGAGCUUGUAGUGCCUGUGUUUGUGGAAUAUUUAGAAAUCAUUAGUAGUGUAUUCAUGAUGCUCACUGAGAAAUGAAGUCAUUUCUCAGUACCCUCUGUAUAUAGCCUCGCUACUGUUAUUUUACUGCUGCUCUUCAAUUAUUUUAAUUUUUAAUUUUUUACUUACCACUUAUUUUUCUUAACUGCAUUGUUGGUUAAGGGUUUGUAAGUAAGCAUUUCACUGUAAGGUCAAUGCCCGUUGUAUUCGGUGCAUGUGACAAACAACAUUUGAUUUGAUGUGAACUUGUAUUGAGUAGGGCCAGGAGAAUUUCCUAAUCAAAUGACCUGCUCAGAAAAAAACUCUGGGCCCUACUUUUUUCCUGGUCGGGAAGAACAAGCAGAAAAUGCAAUGGGAGUCAACCUAGUCUGGUUCUUCUGAAGUUCUACAUAUUCACUCAUUUAUUUGCAGUACAUUAGAUAGAUGUAAAUGGGGCUUGAUUUAACCCUGUGUGUUGUGUCGCACCCUGCAGGUGGAGGCAGUCAGCACGUCGGUGCAGGACUCAAGUGUUCUGGUCCAGAGGAGCACCCUGGACCUGAUCCUCUUCUGCUUCCCAUUUCACAUGAGUCAGGUAAGGACAGAUCUGGACUGCUCUGUCAGCACUGCUCAGCACACAAGACAGCAGUCACAGCACUGUUGGGAACUGGCCAUUCUUGAUGAUGAGGCUAUCCGACAUCCAGUGAGAGGGAGAGAGAGCAUGCAGUGACUCACAGUGGAUGCUUGUUUGGCCGUUCACCUCUCCAUUCAAUCAUCGAAGCACAAUGUGCCUCAGAGCCCAAACAGCCCAAAUUACGACAUCCUUUCUUCCAAUUCAGAACUCAUCUGACCUCUGCUAUUAUUUCCUUAUUUUUGUGGUGUGUGUUGCUCUUCCAGGCCACCCGUCCAGAUAUGAUUCGGAUCCUCUCUGCAGCGCUGCACGUGGUUCUGAGGAGGGACAUGUCACUCAACCGCAGACUGUACGCCUGGCUGCUGGGUAAAAGACACACUCACGCACACACAAUGGUUUCCGUUAGCCGGUAAUAGCCGGCUUUUGGCCUUACAUUUUUUUGAAAAUUCAAUAAAUAAAAUUGGCGCUGGCCAAUUGUCCGGGAGAAGAAGAAUAAAUACUAUUCCGAAAUAAUGCUUUUUAGCCUAUAAGUUGAUGAAAUACCAGUCUAUGUAAAUACAUUUGACUGGUCAUGCUUAUCGGUCUAUAAGUUAAUUUGUAUAAUUUAGUUGAAUUAAAUUGGCGCGUGUGUACAGUAUAUUUGUUAUGUAUCCUAUUUAUAGGCCUCCUGUAGCUCAGUAGGUAGAGCAUGGCGCUUGCAACGGCAGGGUUGUAUGUAUGCACUCUAACUGUAAGUCGCUCUGGAUAAGAGUGUCUGCUAAAUGACUAAAAUGUAAAAUGUUAUCACGUGCGUACAGAUACAGAGCCUUUUAGCGGAAAAUAUGUCGGACAGCGUGAUAGUUGCUGCUACAGCAUCUCAAACAGCAAAGGCAAAGGCAGCGGAAGUCAGGCUUCAUCAGCGCGUCACACACCAAUUUGCAAUGAGUUGUGUCAAGUUGGCUGGAUGUCCUUUGGGUGGUGGACCAUUCUUGAUACACACAGGAAACUGUUGAGCGUGAAAAACCUAGCAGCGUUGCAGUUCUUGACACAAAGCAGUAUACCCGGCACCUACCACCAUACCCUGUUCAAAGGCACUUAAAUAUUUUCUUGCCCAUUCACCCUCUGAAUCCAUGCGCUUUUAAUGUGAAUAAAUAGUUUAUCAACAUUUUAAGCUAAACAUUCUUUUUUUAUGUAGCCUAGGCCUAUUGGUUGUUUGAAUUUAGGAUCUAUCGUCCCACAACUGUCCCAGAGUCUGUUUGGAAUAGGCUAUUUCUUUCUCGCACAGAAUGACAAUAUGACCAGUAGAAUAGGUAAACUUUUCUACUAUGGGGGAUAGUAGAUUGACAUAGGCUAGUGAUUUUGCUGUUCGUUACUUGCUCAUCUUGUUGGCUGAGGAAAAUAUGGACAGUUAUUCUAACAUCUUCGAAGUGUCCCUCCACAGCCUCAUAGAGGAUCUAGAUACAUUUUCUAACCUCUCUGGAUUACAACCAAAUUAUGACAAAUGUACUAUAUUACGUAUUGGAUCACUAAAAAAUACAAUUUUUACAUUACCAUGUAGUUUACCAAUAAAAUGGUCUGAUGGUGAUGUGGAUAUACUCGGAAUACAUAUCCCAAAGGAAAUAAAUGAUCUCACUUCAAUACAUUUUAAUAGAAAGUUAGCAAAAAUAGAUAAGAUCUUACUACCAUGGAAAGGAAAAUACCUGUCAAUUUGUGGAAAAAUCACCCUGAUUAACUCUUUAGUAUUAUCCCAGUUUACCUAUUUGCUUAUGGUCUUGCCUACGCCUAGCGAACAGUUUUUUAAAUUAUAUGAGAAAAAAAUAUUCAAUUUUAUUUGGAACGGCAAGCCAGACAAUAUUAAAAGGGCAUAUUUAUAUAAUGAAUAUGAAUUCGGAGGACAGAAAUUAUUAAAUAUUAAAGCAUUAGACCUAUCACUAAAAGCUUCAGUCAUACAAAAGUUAUACUUAAAUCCGAACCGGUUCUCUAGCAAAUUGUCUCACCCAAUGUUCAAGAAUGGCCUUUUUCCCUUUAUUCAGAUUACAACCACUCACUUUCAGUUAUUUGAAAAGGAAAUAAUCUCCCAAAUAUCACUAUUUCUAAAACAAGCCAUAGAAAGUUGGUUGCAAUUUCAAUUUAAUCCUCCAGAAACGACAGAACAAAUAAUGCAACAAAUAUUGUGGUUAAAUUCAAAUAUACUAAUUGACAAAAAAACUAUAUUUUUUGACAGAAUGUUUAAAAAAGGUAUAAUCUUCGUAAAUGAUAUCAUCGGUAGGACUGGUGGAGUUAUGUCGCACAUGCAGCUAACAAAAACAUAUGGAAAUGUCUGCUCAACCCAAAAUUACAACCAAAUAAUUGCAGCCUUACCGCAAAAAUGGAAGAGGAAAGUGGAAGGUGGAGAAAGUAAGGAACUUGUCUGUCGGCCUUGCAUUAAAGAACAUAAUUGGUUAAGGAAAACUGUGAUAAAUAUACAAGUAUAUCAGUUUUACUUAAGGACCAAAGGAUUGACAGCCGUCCCAUAUAGAUUGCAAAAUAGUUGGGAAGAGAUUUUUGACGUACCGAUCCCAUGGCAUAGUGUUUAUGAACUGACACGCAAAACGACACCAGAUUCAAAAAUUAGAAUCUUUCAAUUUAAAUUAUUAUAUAAAAUUCUUGCUACCAAUAGAAUGUUAUUUAUAUGGGGGAUACAAUCUUCCCAGCUCUGCAGAUUUUGCUGUGAAGAGACAGAAUCAUUAGAUCAUUUGUUUUGGUCCUGUCAUCAUUUGUAGCUUGUUUUUGGACACAGGUCCAGGAAUGGCUAAAGGAUUGCAAUAUUUACCUGGAGCUAACCUUGCAGAUAGCAUUACUGGGUGAUCUGAAAAGUAAUAGUAAAUCGAUCAAUAAUAUAAUAAUACUUUUAGCAAAAAUGUUUAUUUUUAAUUCACAAUCUGUAGAAGCAAUGAGAAUAGAAAGGUUCAGAACUUUUGUAAAACAUCACAGUACAGUUGAAAUAUAUAUGGCAAAUAGAAAUCCUAAAUGGAUGGUGUUAAGAGAUAGAUGGGAGGUAUUGAAUAGAGUUGAAGGAUGGGACUAAUAACAAAUAACAACAAAUAAUAACAAAGAUAGCUAAUAAUGUAAGCAUACUGUGUCCAUAAUAAGUAUAUAGGUUGUAUGUUGGGAGCUUUUGAGAAAGAGCACAGUUAGAAAUAAUUAUUGUAAAAUUAACUGUGUCCAUAAGGUGUAGAUGGUAAGUAUAGACCGGAAGUAGAGGCCUGGGCAUUGUUGUUCACUAAUUUACUCCAAGUAGGGAAAGGAUGGCGGGGUUGAAAAGUAAUAAAUGGGAGUAUAUAUAUAAAAAACAUGUGGGAUUGGAAGUGAUGCAGACAAUUACAUUGAUAGAAGAUACAAUCUAUCUGCAAUAUUAAGCUAAUCCACCCCUCCCCCCCAAAAAAAAAUCUUCGAAGUGCACAUCAGAAUUUGGUAAGAUGGACCGCACAUCGUUGCGUCCUCGUCUUGCAUGUUCUUUUAAUAUGAAUUACCAUAAUCUAAAUGUGAUUUCUGUCAUUCUGAUCACCGUGGGUGGAAGCCCUAAUCAGGUCACGCACCCAAUGCAUAUGGGUCGGGAACAUUUCCGGUGAAUUAAAGUGCUGCCGGUCAAAUGUCCGGUGCCACAUUUUCAUAAUGAAAACCCUGGUGCACAUGCACGCAUACAUACCACUGCAUACGUUCUGUACAACUUAGUAUAGUUGAGUUGUUGGACUUUGCCUGUUGGAAUGAUCAUCUGGCCAUAUAUGUCUUGUGCAGUAACAUGUCUUGUAGCCACAUUUCCCAGUGCUUAUUUCCCUACUUUGUUUUCUCUUAUUUGUGUCUUACUCACUGUGGAUAAAAAUGCUGGUAAGUGUCUGCUGAUCAGGGCUCAUGUUUUUACACUCAGAAAAGCUUGUUUGUUUGCUAAGUUACUGGUAACUCAAUCUCACCCCACCCUCUUCUCCCUUGUCUUUCGUCAUAUUGUGUGCGUGUGUGUGUACUGUGCUCCUAGGCUUUGACAACAAUGGUGUGAGGACAGGCCCUCGCAGCUCUCGACAGAGCAACCCUGAGGACCACGCUACCCACUAUUUCAAUACCUACUCCAAGGACAUGCUGGUCCAGGUACGCCUUGUACGCACACACACCCACCCACACACCCACCCACCUACACACACACACACACACACACAGGCCAUAUACAGGUGUUUUAUGGCCUUUUAUAAACAAACAUGCGUACAAAAACAAGACAAGCUGUUCCAAGUGCAUUUGCACAGCCUUCAAAUACAGAUUGCUAACACACACUUACAAGACAAACUGUUCCAAAGCUAUUUGCAUAAAUUACAAUUUUCAAAGACCUCAAAGUUUGAGUGGAUCUUCUGAAAGGGAGCAAGGUAAAUGCCUUACAUUUUUCAGCAGGUGAAAUUUGGACUCCUAUUGCUCCCCCCCCCCACACACACACACAUACACCCUUAGGGGUCUGCCUGUAAUGCCUGUAGCCCCCUACCUCCACACCCCUCCUAAUCCCAGGGGCCUUCCCUUUGAAGCUCUCCCAAAAUCUGCUCCAUGCCUGGGCCACGAUCACACACUAUUCCCCCUUGUAAUGCAGUGUCACGCCCCAACAGCAUUGGCCCUUAUGAUGGUGGGGCCUACAUGUGAUGUGUCCUGGUACUCCAGGGGUUGGGACAGACAGACAGACAGACAGGGGCUUUAAUUUGUUCAUCUGCCAUCUGUUCAUGGACACUUGUUGCGUCUCCCCCCACUGGGAAACGGGGCUACUGCAGGGACCGUCUGUUCCCCGGCCCCAUCCACUUCUGUUAGACGAGGCAUGAAACACACACACACACACUGAAGGACAAAAAGAAGACUUGCCAUGGAAAAUAUCCCCCGGCCCUAACCCAAAAAUGUAAUAUAUAUAGCUAACCAGCUGAGUCCUUGUGCUGCCGUCUGUCUCGGGAGUUGCUUUGGUCGUUCUGUAUUUUUUGAAUGCGGUUUGAUCCAGAAGUUUUGACCGUGUGUGUGUGUGCAGGCAAUGGUGGGGAUCCUGCAAGGGAAGGCCCGAGGCGGUGAGGAGGAGAGCGUCCUGAUGCAUGACCUCAAGCCCUUCCGCAUUCUCAUCAGUCUGCUGGACAAACCUGAACUCGGUACGGUAUAUUACUACACCCAUCAGACCAAUGCAACACAUAUCAUUCAUGUCACUGUUACACACUGAAUAGAACACACACAGCAUUUUGGUCAUAGUGACCCACAUAUCACUACUGGGCCGUGUUCAGUAGGGAACACCAUAGCAAAACUUUUCACAGCUGACAACUAAAAUUAGCGCUUCUUAUUUGACAACUCCAGGUAGUCCCUCCCCGUUUCAGUCCAUUUCCUUCCAUUUGGUGCCUAAUGACCCUAUUUCCGUUUGACUGUUCUAGAUACAUUUGUAAAUGGACAUGAUCAGUGAUUGAUUUGUAAUCCUGUGUGUUCCAGGGCCAGCCAUUCUGGAGGAUGUUCUGAUCGAGGUGUUCAGGACAUUAUACACACAGUGCCGAGCAGAGCUGGACCUGCAGAACCACAACCCAUUCAGCAAGGACCAUGCUCAUCUCAGCAGGUUGGCCAGCUUGUGUGUGUGUGUGUGUGUGUGUAACACUAAACACAUGAAAAAAGCCAAAGCUUUAAUAAACAUUGUAAGCUAAGGGUCGUAUUGAUUGUUUCCCUCAGCAAACUGCGAGAGAACAAGAAAACUGCAGAGCUUAUCAAAACGGCCAAUCUCCUGUUCAACUCUUUUGAGCCGUACUACAUGUGGGACUACAUCGCUCGCUGGUUCGAGGACUGCUGCAGGUCUGUGUGUAUGUGCUGCUCCAUGUGUGUAUGCUGACAUGGUAAGAUAGCGAGAUAGAGCCUGGGCCGUGUUCAUUAGGCCACACCGUAGCAAAAUGUUUUGCAACAGAAAGUAAAGUUAAGCAUUUCUUAUUGGACAAGUUUGGGAGAGCUGAGUUUAAAGUAAACGGGCUCACUGUACAUCUUGCAGGAAGGCAAAGAAUGGACCAGGGAGUGCUGGGAGCACAGAGUCCUCAGGGCUCUCAUUGGUGGAGUUCUGUCAGUUGGUGGACUUCCUACUGGACAUUGUGUCCUUG